GUCCCCAAAACAGCCCUGAGCCCCCCCCCAAACCAGCCCUGAGCCCCCAAAACCAGCCCUGACCCCCCAAAACCAGCCCUGAGCCCCCCAAUGCAGCCCUGAGCCCAAAACCAGCCCUGAGCCCCCCCCAAAACCAGCCCCAACCCCCAAAACAACCCUGAGCCCCCAAAACAGCCUUGAUGCUCAAGAACCAGCCUUGACUCCCCAAGAACCAGCCCUGACCCCCCCAAACCAGCCCUGAGCCCCCAAAAGCAGCCCCGAACCCCAGAACAACCCCAACCCCCCAAAACCAGCCCUGACCCCCCCGAAAACCAGUCCUGACCCCUAAAACUGGCGCUGAUCCCUAAACGUGCCCCAACCCCCAAAACAGCCCUGAGCCCCCCAAAGCAGCCCUGACCCCCAAAACUGGCUCUGACCCCCAAACCAGCCCUGAGCCCCUAAACCAGCCCCGCCCCCCAAAACCAGCCCCAGCCCCGCUGCUGGCGAGUCCUGCCGGGGCCCAGCCCGGACCCGGCUCCCCCGGCACCUCAGGGACGUCUGUGAGGAGCUGCCGAGGCGACAGGGACCCCGGGGGGGGACCCCAGAGGUGGCGCUGGGUCCCCCCCCCCCGGGAGCCACCCAGCCGGGGCAGCACCGGCAAAGCAACCGGCGUGUCGUUCUUUGACUGCUGCCUGUGCUCUUUACCCCGAAACCGGCGCCCGCCCCGCACGCCGCCGCCCCCGCGGUGGGGGCCAGGACCCAGGUGUCCGGGCGGGGAGGAGGGGACGGUCCCCGAGGGGGUCGCGGCAGGUCCCCAGGGCAGCGGAGGCAGCGGGGACCCCGGCAGCGCCGGGCUGCGCCGGCCGCGGAAGCCCAGCCCUCGGGGUGGGGAGGGAGCAUGGGGCCGUCCCCUCCCUCCCCGCCUGCCUCCCUCCAGCGCCGUCCGUCCCUCGGCACCGCGGCAGAGGAAGCGGGACCCAGGUGUCCGGGCGGCUGCCCCCGCCGGGCCAUGGGCCGCCGCGCGCCCAGCCCCGGGCCCCCGCGGAGCGCCGUGCUGCUGGCAGCCGCCGUCCUGGGCUCCUGCCUGCAGCCCGUGCUGGGCCAGGCCACCGCCUUCGCCAUCCUGCGCGACCCCGACCCCGCCACCGUCGGCGGCAACGUCACCUUCACCCUGCAGCCGACGCCGAGCAACGUUGUGAUGUGUGUGUGGUACCGGGCGUCAGACACCGUCCACAGCAGCGAGAUUCUCAGCUACGUCCCGUCCUACAACCCACCUCAGAGCAACGGGACCGCGUUCACAGGGCGAGAGACGGGCGGGCCGGGCUGCUCCAUGCACAUCCGUGACUUGUGGAUGAACGACACCAGCGUUUACACCGUGCAGAUCUGGAACCCUGGCAGCGCUACCGCCAGCACGAACCUGACCGUGUACGCCCCGCUGCCGCAGCCCUCGGUGACACCCCAAAACGUGACGGUGACGGAGAACGGCACCUUCAGCCUCACCUGCGACCCCCCCGCCAGCACCGAGACCCUGCUGUGGCUGCGGGACGGGGUGCUGCUGGCGGCCGGCGGGCGCCUGGCGCUCUCCGACGACAACCGCACGCUGACGGUGACGCCGGCCGCCCGCACCGACGCCGGCGCCUACGUCUGCGAGGCCCGCAACCCCGUGAGCAGCAACCGCAGUGAGGCCGCCAACGUCACCGUCGCCUACGGGCCUGACGCCGUCACCAUCGAGCCCCCGGGGCCCCUCGAGUGGCCCGCGGGCUCCGCGCUGGCGCUGCGGUGCCUCGCCGACGCUGUCCCAGACCCGCUUUACACCUGGUUUUCUGGCAACGCCACCCACACCGGGGCGACGUGGGCCUGGGAGAGCCUCAGCCCGGCACAGCAGGGCACCUACGUCUGCCAGGCCCAAAACCCCUACAGCGGGCAGAGCCUAAACAGCUCCGUCCUGGAGCUGCGGGUCUGGGAACUGCUGUUGCAGCCCUCGGUGAUGCCCCAAAAUGUGACGGUGACGGAGAACGGCACCUUCAGCCUCACCUGCGACCCCCCCGCCAGCACCGAGACCCUGCUGUGGCUGCGGGACGGGGUGCUGCUGGCGGCCGGCGGGCGCCUGGCGCUCUCCGACGACAACCGCACGCUGACGGUGACACCGGCCGCCCGCACCGACGCCGGUGCCUACGUCUGCGAGGCCCGCAACCCCGUGAGCAGCAACCGCAGCGAGGCCACCAACGUCACCGUCGCCUACGGGCCCGACGCCGCCGCCAUCUCCCCGCCAAGCCCCGUGCGGGUGCCGCUGGGCUCCCGCGUGGAGCUGGCCUGCGUGGCCGACGCCGUCCCGUCGCCGCGCUAUGCCUGGACCUUCGGGAACACCACCCUGGGCCGCGAGAGCCUCCUGGUCUUCGUCUUCAGGAACGCGACGCAGGCCGGCGAGUACCGCUGCGUGGCCACCAACCCCGCGCUCGGCCGCGCCGCUGCCGCCGCCCUCCUCCUGCAGACGCCGCAGCCCGGUCUGAGCGCCGGGGCCGUGGCCGGCAUCGUCGUGGGGACACUGCUGGGGCUGGUGCUGCUGGGGGCCGCCGGGUACCUGCUGUGGCGCCGGAAGAGGGGCAGCCCCCAGCGCGGCGGGGGGGGCCCGGGGGCGGCUGCCCCACACCCCCCGCCCGCCGCUGCCCAUCCCCCCCACGAGCUCCCAAGCGCCAACGGUUCCCCCGGCACGGAGGAGGACAUCAAGUACUCGACAUUGGCGUUCAGGGACGGGGCCGCCCCGAGGGACACAGCCCCCGGCCCCCCCUGCGACAGCAGCACCAUCUACUCCGAGGUGAAGCAGACAUGAGGGGGGCCCGGCGCCCCUCGGACCGGACGCCUGGGUCCCCCGGCGGGCGCGGGGCGCCCAGCUCCCCCCGGCUGCUGCCAGGGCCCGGCGCCCACCUGGGGCCGCGGCGCCCUGGGCCGGCCGCUGUAAUAAAGCAGCUCCCGGAGGAGAA